GCAUCGCGUCCCACAGUCCGGACCAUUGCGGGCUUGAUCCAUCCACCAUCGCCUGAUCCAGCUCUGCUAAUUGCAGCUUCUGCCGCCGUGUCCUUGUGUUCGCCUGCAGAAUCUCACGCGGCUGUACGUUACCACCGCGAUAGCUCCCAUCAACACUACCACCAUGAACGGCGAUAGUUACUCCCGAGACGGCGGUCGAUCAGCAGGAUCCCGCAACUACUCUUCGAGAGAUGACCACCGUGAUCGCGGUGACCGUGGUGAUAGGCGCCGGCGCCGUUCUCGCUCCCCGCGCCAUGGCGGAGGCUCCCGCCGCGACUAUGAAGUAGAUACGUACUCGUCCAGCCGCGACUACCGUGAGCGCGAGCGCGAAGAUACAUAUGCCCGUCGCGAGAGGCGGGAUGACCGAGGCGAGCGUGGAGGAGACCGGGGCGGAUGGGGAGACUCUUACUCCAGGCGCGACCGACCCCGAGGAGACCGUGGAGGAGACCGCGACCGCGACCGUGGAGACGACGACCGUGGACACCGCCGGGACAGAGACCGUAACGAGAGGGGCGGCGACAGGUUUAGUGAUGAGCGAAGGGGUGGCCGAGGUGGACGCGACGGAGGCUUUGGUGGUGGGCGUGAUAGGGCGCGCCAGCCCAAGGAAGACUCUCCCCCAUACACCAAGCCGCGAGAAGCUACUCCGGACCUCGCCAGCUUCACCAACAUUCUGCAGCGCCAGCGUCGCAUGACACAAUGGGACAUCAAGCCCGCCGGUUAUGAGAACAUCACGGCUGAGCAGGCCAAGCUGUCAGGCAUGUUCCCUCUGCCUGGAGCUCCCCGUGCUGCGCCCAUGGACCCGUCGAAACUGGCGGCCUUCAUCUCGCCCUCGACUGGAACCGCCACAGCUGCUGCUCUCGCCACGUCAGCUGCUAAGCAGUCGAAGCGUCUCUAUGUUCACAACCUGCCUUCAGGCUGCACGUCGCAGGAGAUUAUGGAAUUCUUCAACACUCAGCUGAACGGUCUUAACGUUGUCUCUGGACCGGAUCCCUGUGUAUCAGCCCACAUUGCGACAAGUAAGGAGUACGCUGCGCUGGAGUUUAAGGCGCCCGAAGAUGCAACUCUCGCUCUGGCUAUGAACGGUAUCUCUAUGCGCGACGACGGUGGCGCUCCCGAUCGCGCCGGCCUCUCCAUCCGCCGGCCCAAGGACUACAUCACCCCUACUGCCGACGAGAACGCCUACCCACCUGGUGACGAAGUGUCUUCUGUUGUCAAGGAUAGUCCCAACAAGCUCAGCAUUGUCAAUAUUCCUACAUAUAUUGAGGAGGAGCAAAUUCGUGAGCUUGUCGAAACCAUGGGCAAACUAAAGGCUUUCAUUCUGGUCAAGGAUACGAGCACCGACCAACACCGCGGUAUCGCUUUCUGCGAGUACGCCGACAACGAAAUCAUCGAUGCUGUCAUUGAAGGUCUGAACGACAUUCCACUCGGCGAUGGUAAUCUCAAGGUGUCACGUGCGACUGUCGGUCUUCAGCAGACUACUGGUCUGGAUGGUGGAGUUGGUGCUAUCUCUAUGUUGGCAGGAGCAAGCGCUGCAGAGAACCGCGAACACAGCCGCGUUGUUUGCCUUAUGAACAUGGUGACUUCGGAUGAGCUCCUCAACGAUGAGGAAUACGAAGAAAUCAAGGAAGACAUCGAAGAGGAGUGCGGCAAGUACGGAACGAUCCUCGAGACCAAGAUUCCUCGUCCUGCCGGAGCUCGCGUCAAUCUCGGUGUUGGCAAGAUCUACAUCAAGUACCAGGACACAGAGUCAGCGCAAAAGGCCAUCAAGGCGCUCGCUGGUCGUCAAUUCUCGCGAAGAACAGUCGUGGCAACCGAGUUCUCGGAAGAGGGCUUCGACGUGGAUGCCUGGUAGACUAUCUCUAUCGCUUUAUGUUCUGUGUUUGGUGGAUUUUGUCCAUAUGGCAUGCUAUUUUGCUGGGUCGGGGUGUAUCAAAAAUGAAGAACAGGAUCAGCAUUUGUAUACUAAUUUGAUUGUAGGGGAAGCCAGUAUGCAUGGGAGCGUUGCAGUACUGGCAAUUUGCUUGUGUUUUGAAUAUGUCGCCUACGUAGGCGGAUUGCGCUUUCCACGGUCCACCUGAAAUAUGAUACCGAAUUGUUCUCUUUUUGAUUGAAGUAUGGCUACGAUAAGGUUGGGAUGCGCCUUGAUUUGACCCUCGUCAUGGCGCAUACGUAGGUUGACGUCGGUAUUAAAGUGCUGAUGUAUCAGCAAUCUUAUCUCCACAUGUAAAUUCA